CAACCAUUAAUAUAAAGUAUUGCUUAAGAAAUAAAGCAAAGAAAAAAAAAAGACCACUUUGGCAUCUUCUCUGUCAGUUUCUUUAUAUCUGUAUAUGUGUGUGUAUAUAUAUCAUUGGAGUUGUUCCCUGUCGAAACAAAAAACAGAUUUCUCUUCACUUCUUCUUCUUCACUUGUAUUUCUUUUUCUCUAUCACUAUCUGCCAAAAAAAAUGGGAGAAAGCGUUGAUCUUCAUGACGACCCAGAAGAACUCGCAGAAGAGGCGCUCUCUCUGCGCGACCUUCCUCUCCAUGCCAACGACGAUGACUCCCAGAACAAACCCAACGUCAAUACUGGACGAUCAUCGGCGGUGACCGAGCCGGAGUUCUUCGAGUUUCUCAGUAAUCUCAACUCAGAUCACGAUAUGUGCCCAGCUGAAGAAAUCAUCUUCUGCGGCAAGCUCGUGCCUUUCAAAGACCAAAACGCGCCAUCUUCUCAACAUACCGAUCAGAAUAUUCUCCCCGCAACCGAAUAUUACAAGAAAGGGAACACUGGGCUUCGCCGACGAUCAGAGUCUCUGUCGGAGUUGCAGAGUAGCUACAUGACUCGUUCGAGCAGCAUCAGGACUAAGCUCAUGAGAAACAGCCGUUCUCUCGAUUACCGGAAGCUUCACCGAUUUUCGAGCAGGAAUAUGUACUCUCCCGAAUCCGAUAUCGAGCUGAAUUUUUCGGGAAAGAGUGCAGGGAAGUCCUACGAUACGUCGGCUAAAAAGACGGUUAAACCAAGGUGGUAUUUUUUCAUGUUUGGAAUGGCGAAGUUUCCGCCGGAGAUGGAGCUGAGAGACAUCAAGAACCGCCAGUUUCGCCGGAACCCAUCGGCGAUGUUUCCGCCAAUAGAGUCUGGGGGGAAUUUUCCGGUUAACCGAAGCACGAAUAAGGGGUCCUGGAAGUUCCUCAAGGCACUGAGCUGCAAAGACCAUGCCAGUGUCACUGCUAUGGCGUCGUUUAUCAUGCCGCGCGCGUAAGCUAUAGAACCUUUCCCGUGUUUGGUCACGCCCAUCUCUUCAUCUGUUUGAGAAUUCGUUCGCAAUACGAAGGACAUUUUCGUAUUUUCACAAAAGCCGAUAUUGGUUUCAACGUUGAAUGUCCAAAAAUUAUUACCAUAAAUCAUGACCACAAAACCUACCGUGGAAGGGAGGUAUUGAGUACAGUGGCGGACCAUGGAUGAAAAUGGUCGUCUGAAAUUAUAACCGGAGAACAAACUACUAUUUGUUUUUUUGUUGUUUUCUUAGGUGCACAGAGAGAAAUGAAUGAUAAUCACGAGACUCUCGAGAGUGACCCAUUAGAUUACGAUCACUUUAUAUUUAUUAUAUUAUUAUUAUUGUUCGAUUGUUAUCAUACGUGUUUUUUAAUUUAGGAAAUAUCGG